AUGCCGACUUCGCGGCCCGCGGAUCCACGUCGCGCCGCGCCGUCGCGCAGUAGAGGAUUGCACGAGCUGGGCGUGCGGGAGCAGGAGACCCUCCUAUCGGGGACCAUCAUCAUUGAACAACCGGAAUCCGCCAUCGGCGCGGUCGAGAUCUACGUCGACGACGGCAUGCACGCUGAAGGUCGCAACGCUGUCGCCGCAAGUCGCAGCGCUGUCGCGAAUGAUCGCGGGUCUUCAAAUCCUGUCGCAACGGUCCCGAAUUCCCCUACUGGCGCUUCCGCUAGCUCGCAAGAGUCCCGCACGUCGCCAGCUUCCCGCUCCCUCGAUAUUUCCGCACUCGCCGCGGAGGCGAGCGACAAUGCGGCUGGCGCAGCGGCGGGGGCUGGCGACGUUUCGACGACGUGCGACAUCAACGACGGGAUGUGGGAGGCGGAUGCGAACCGUCCGCUGUAUUCCAGUCUUGACUGCCCAUUUAUUCACGCUGCGACGCAGUGCGACGCGCACGGGCGGCCCGAUAAAGGCUACCAAAAGCUCCGGUGGCGACCGACGCGCGACAAUGCGACAGUUGGCGACGGUGCGACGGCGGCAGGCGGCGGCUGCGACGCGAUGCCGCAGCUGACGGCGAAGAGCGCGUGCGAGCUGAUGCGAAACAGGAACGUCGCGUACAUUGGCGAUUCAAUCGUACGCAACCAUUUCAACUCGCUCGCGUGUAUCAUGUUCGGUACGCAAGGCGAACCCGAGGUCCUGGGCAGCCAUCCGUACGCGCAAGUGUACCACUGGCCGAGUUGUAACGCCACGGUGGCGUUCUACUGGAGCCAUUACCUUGUAAAUCUGACUCUGAUCGACGAGCACGUGUUCAACACGGGCGGCGAGCUUGACCUAGAGAAUCCCGACGACUGGUGGUUCCGGCACUAUAACGAGCACGAUAUAUUCGUUAUAAGCGCAGGGCAGUGGUGGUCAUCGGUGCGCAUCCAGGGGAAAAACAUUCACUUCGCAAGCCCGCACACCGACUUGCCGCUAUUUGAUGCGUACCAGACCGCGCUUUUCUCCGUCCUCCGUCCGUUCGAGGACGUUACCAGUACCGGCAAGCAGGUAGUUUUGACGCUCGUGCCGCCCACGCACGGGUUCCACGGCAGCUGUCCGGCCACGCUGCCGGUUAGCGAGGACGCAGCGCGUUCGAAGGAUUAUCCCGAGGCGAAGUACAACGUCCUUCUCGCUGACGUGGCGCGGCGGUACGAGGCGCGUCGGGCGAAGCGCGGGCACGGCGCGCCGCUGAUGCUUCUGGACAUUUUCGGGAUGUCGUUGACGCGGUGGGACGGGCAUCCCGGGGUGUAUUCUGGCGGGGGUAACAUUGACUGCGGGCACUACUGCUUGCCGGGGGUGCCGGACUCGUGGAAUGAGAUGAUGCUGGGGCUUCUGUGGCUGCAGGACGGGCGUGGAAGAGCGGGGGUAGCGGGGGGGGUGAGAGGAGGGAGAGUUAGAUGA